AUGCUAUCUGAGAAGAUCCUGGCAUCCACAGAGCUCUUCAAUUUCAAGGGGGCAUUACGCCAGCAAUUUCAGCCUCAGGCGUUAAGCAAUCCUAACCUCGCCCUCGCCGACUCCGAUAGUGCAGACAUAUCCAGUUAUACACCACAGGAGGGAGAAAGUCGAGUAGAUGGAACCGCUGAUGGCAGUUCUUUGGUCAAGAUCAUCAAAAGAAUGUUGCCUUUAGGCUCCGUGGUGAAGCAGGAGGUGAUCAGCCUGGGCACAGGCACCUGGACUAGGGCGUCACGAAUCGAUGUAACCCUGUUAUGUGGGGAGACGAAAUCAUACUUUCUCAAGCGGGCAACCGAGAGUCAGGGGAAGGACAUGAUGCACGCAGAGUACCGCUCCAUGAUGGAAAUCUCCUCGCACAUGCCUGAGCUUGUCCCGAGACCGAUAGCCUGGGACAAAUUCAAGCAAUCCUCUCCUGAAACCUAUUUCUUCAUCAUGGAUUUCGUCGACUUGGCCCGAAAAUGGUCGAGCCUGAGGACUUCUGUCGCCUCAUCGCCCAGCUUCAUCAAACCAAACAUCGCCUGGGAGAGCAACUGGUGCGUCUACUUCACGAGGCUGUUGACUCAAUUCUACGACCGAGAGAUCGCCCAAAACGGGUCACAACCAGAGUAUCAAGAUGCCUAUCAGAAACUUGUUUCUGAUGUAGUGCCACAGCUUCUUGAACCUCUCCAAGCUGACGGCCGUGUCUUGAAGCCUUGCCUUACACAUGGCGACUUGUGGGAAGAGAAUGCCGGCCUCAACCUCGCUACUUGUUUACCUGUUGUGUUUGAUGCCAGUGUGAUGUACGCCCAUAAUGAAAUGGAGCUCGGCAUGUGGCGAGCCGACCCCAUCCGUUUUGGAGAGCCGUUCUAUAGUCAGUAUCUGGAGCACAUGCCUCCUAGCGAACCGAGCGAGCAGUUUGAUGACCGCAAUCGCUUGUAUAGCAUCAAAUUCAAGAUCGCCCACUGCUUGGGCUGGCCAGAUUCCGCACCGAGUCACCGCCAGCUGAUCUUGAGUGACAUGCGCUAUUUGAUCGACAAGUACUCACCACAGCAGUAG